AUGAAUCUGUGGCAGAGGAGGUGGCCAGGGUUACUGAAGGACUAUGAUGUUGACAUUCUAUAUCACCCAAGGAAAACAAAUGUUGUAGCAUAUGCACUUAGCCGUAGAUCUAUGGGCAGUUUGGUAGACGUACAACCAGAGCAGAAGGAGAUAGUCCACGAAAUUCACCAGUUAGCUAAUUUGGGAGUCCGUUUGGCUGGUUCUAAAAAUGGCAGGAUUUAUGUUCGAGGAGUUGCUGAGUCUUCUAUCAUAGAAGAGAUAAAGAGACACAAGUAUGAGGACCCUAUUCUUGUACGUCAUAGGGAUGUAUCUCUUCAAAAGGAAGAAACCCCAUUUAAGGUUGCACCUGAUGGAGUGCUACGAUACCAGGUCAGGACUACGUAUUCAGCUGAGGAUUAUGCCAGUUUGUACCUUAAGGAUAUAAUGGCACCAUAUGAAGCCUCGUAUGGGAGGAAGUGCAGAUCACCUAUUGGCUGGUUUGAGGUCAGUGAGAACAAGUUGAUAGGCCCAAAUUUGAUUCAGCAGGCUAUUGAUAAAGUGAAGCUCAUUCAGGAGAGAUUAUUGGCAGUCCAGAGUUGGCAGAAAUUAUAUGCAGAUAAUUGA